GCUAAUAAUGUCAAAAAGCAAUUUACUCACUUCGGUUAGACUAGAAUACGUGCAAGUUAUAAUACAUAUAUAGCGCUCUCAUAAAUUCUGGUAAACAUCAUGUUUAGAUUUAACGGAAAUAAUCUAAUGUCGCAACCAACACGCCGAUCCCGCGUCAACUCGGACAGCUUAGCUGCUGAGAAGUGUUGGAUAGACGAUCAUUUCUAUAACCUGUUAUACAAGAGCUACAAUGGCAAUAACCUUGGAGUGAACUCUAGACACAGAAAUGAAGCAGACAAGAACAGGACUUCCAGUCUGAUCGACUACAGGCGAAUUGAUGCACAGCUAUCGCGCAUACAAUUUGAAUGUGAGAACAUGCGACACGCUCGAUUGCGUACAGAAAACACUAAGCUUCCGGAUAUAUCGGAUCAUCACAGCGGCCGUGAAUUCAAUUUAACUGGCUCGGCAUUAACAGCCGCUGUGCGCUCGCCACCACCGAUUCGUGGUGCUGCGCCAUGCAUGGACUUUCGUUUAGCUGGUGCUGCUCGGGCAGUCCCAAUUGCCACGGGGCCAGUUCAACAGCGUCGCCAAGCAAGCACUCUGGCGGAGGUCUCUUACGGCCUGCCGCCAGAGGCAAUGCUUAGUGGGGCGCAAGUGGAUGCGGUGGGUGAUGAGCUGCCUGCAUUGCUACCAUUUGAACUCAUGUCGAGCCCAUCCUUAUGCCCAGUUCCGGAUCAGUUGGAUGCGAAAGGAGCGGACUCGAAUGUGGCAAUGGUGCCGCAGGCGGAUCCAUACAAGUGUCCGGUGUGUCUGAAAUGUGUUCGCCAACGGAAGCCCGCCUCCACCGUGUGCGGCCAUGUAUUCUGCAGUGGUUGCAUUAAGACCGCAUUACGCGCCACCUGCAAGUGCCCCGUAUGCCAACGCUUGAUUACCACACGCCAAGUUUUCCGAAUAUUCAUAUAGCUCACGAUGUAGUAACUGAUUUUAUUAUCACUCAAGCUGUUGGUGUGGCCUGUUUUAUCGUAUACUGAACUGUUCUAUACUGCAAUUAUAUUAAAUUCAUCCAAGUUUGUUUCGAUGUGCACCCUAA